UCCAUUUUGUUUAUUUCAUUAAAUUCAGUACAGAGUACAGUACAAAGUGUGCUGAAAUUGUGUGCUUGUCUGCUAGACUCUUACUUGCUCUGCUAUCAGGGUCUGACCUUUUAGAAAUAUUAGCCCUGUCUAGGUAAACAAGACCAGCUAUUACAUUUACAUCAUACUUUUUUGGUUUUUCCCCUUCUUCAUUAGACAGUAAUAAGCUAGACUGUUAGGAUUCAUAAAUUGUGUCAAUCAUGGGGAAUAAACUGUGGCACCAUAACAUUCGGUCUUUAUUCUGAUACUGUGUGUGAGAAAGAUAGAGAGAAAAUGGUAUUUUUGUAUCUGCUACCCUGGCAACUAGCCCUGACAUUUUGAGAGAUUUCAUAUCCUGAACAGAACAUGUUGUCAUGGGUUUUUGCCUUUACUGAUUUCUUAUUUACGCCAUGUCAGAUUCUGCUUCGUAGUGAUGGGUAACAGGUUAGAGAAUAUAGUUAAACCUACAAAUGUAAACAUAUAAUGUAAUGGCUUCAUUGAAGGUUACACCUAAUGUUAAGUGGCUGGUUUCCUACAAUAUAUGGUAGGUUACAAUUUUCGAUUAUCAUUAGAUAUCUAUUCCGUGUCACUUCCAUAUCAAAUUGCAUAUUGUUAUUACUUUUUUACAGAGGUUGUCAAGGAGAACGCACCAACCCAAACCUAGCAACCAAUAGCAUGCUUUGCUACAAUGGACCCUAUGAAGUACUGACAUCUAGGGACAUUUUCAAAUAUUGCACCAUGGGGGAAGAUAAUCAAGAUUUAUUUAAGCAACUGGAUUAGAUAGAUAGGAUAGAAGUUAAUUUGCUCCAAAAACCACAAAAAACUUAUAUCUUAUACCUACUUAUAUCUCUAUAAUGUUGACUGCAGUUUAAAGAGUUAUAAUGGAGCAUUAGGUCUAUUUAUCAGUGGUGUUUAUAUGCAGAGACUAGCUUCUUCCAGCUUAACAUACCAGUAAAAACACAGGUAUUCAGAUUCAUUUAGGAAUGCAAAUUAUUCAUCAGAGCCAUUUCAGAAGGGAAAUACACCGACUGAUUCUUUAUCUAUCAUGCAAACCUGAUUACUUCUCCCUGAUGAGGAGGCAAAAUUAUUUUUAAAAGUCACUGACUUUUUUGCUCUACUUUUUAUACUUAUGUAACACACCAGGAAAAAUUCAUUACUUCCAAAUAACAUUUUCACAGUUUCAGCAAGGUGUCAUAUCACCUGCAUACGAUACAGCGAAAAGAGUUAGUGAAAUUGUUGUCAUUUUUCAGCUGAGAUAUUGCAGCCUGCUUCUCUCGCUCUCAUUUCUGCCAGUCUGAUGGGAGGUAAUCCAAUAAGGACCUUGCUUAAUGCUUUUGAUUGCCUUGACACUUCUAGGGUAAGAGAGCUUAUCCUCAUGAAAUAUACAGUCAGCAUAUUGGAAUAGGCCACUGAAGUUCACAGGCCUCAGGGUAUUUCCUCAUAAAAGCUACACUAGUUACAUAUGUAUGGUGUAGAUAUUACCUGUUCUAAGUUAUACUCAGACAUUUUCACAAACAGCAGGGUAGCAUUUUUUUUUUUUUUGCAAAUAGACACUUUACCAAUACAGGGCUUAGACAGCAAAUCAAAGCAAGUCUCUCAACACUGAGCAUGUCUCUCCAGUUAAAAAAGUAAGUUUAACUAAUGUAGGAAACAAUGCAGAAAAAACUGAGACAUUUGUGGACCUAGCUGUUCAAACAUAGAUUUAAACUGAGCUUAUGAAAUGUCUCUGGGUCAAAGAAUUAAAGUCCAUAGCUCCAUUCUUUAGCACUUACUUUUGAAAAUCUAUACUUAUUAAGAACAGAAGGAAUUGUAUAACAUGAAUAUCCUGAAUAAUUCAUCAUAUUGAUCAGGUUUUUGCACUGAAUAGAUUCCUGUAUAAGUUAAAUGAUAAAGAAAUUUCUGACCUUGAGCUGAUGCUAAUAUCAGGUUAACAUCAUUAAAUGAUUAGGUAUGAAAUAGUUUAUUAUGCACACAUAGAGUAUUUUGUACUCUUCCUGGAAUACCCCAAAUGUCCUCUGGAAUAGUAUGCUCUAAAUGAUAAACUAUAGGAAAGCUUCUCCUGAUCUCUCUCUGAACUAAUUGAGUGAGGCAUGUUGAUAUGAAUAAUCCUUGUUGUCAUGUGAUCAGAAGCAAUCCUUGUACUGGAUCCCAAAACAGUAGGGUAUAAGCACGAGGUCAAAAGGACUCCAACCGCUAUUGUCUAUGCUGACUUGUUUUCAAAAUAAGUUUUUUUAGUCAUACAUGUGUUUGCCAAGUAGACACAAGUUACAAGAUACAAAUCUGCACUAAUGUUGUACGGGAUGUUUUGAUUGAGAAAAGCUGAAAUGUAAGAAUGAAAAUUUUUGGUUGAGAAGCUGAAUAAGGGCUUUUCAAACCCAUUUGCACGAUGGGUCAGCGACUCAGUGAGGAGACGGACGAUAAGGAGAUCGAUGUUGCUGAACUGCAGGAGUGGUAUAAAAAGUUUGUGGUGGAAUGCCCAAGCGGAACCCUUUUCAAGCACGAGUUCAAGAGCUUCUUCGGCGUAACCGACAACCAAGAAGCUGCAGACUACAUUGAGAACAUGUUCCGUGCUUUUGAUAAAAAUGGGGACAACACUAUUGAUUUUCUGGAAUAUGUUGCAGCCUUGAACUUGGUAUUGCGAGGCAAGCUGGAGCAUAAACUGAAAUGGACUUUUAAAAUGUAUGAUAAGGAUGGAAGUGGUUGCAUUGACAAGACAGAGCUAAAGGAGAUUGUGGAGUCAAUCUAUCGAAUGAAGAAGGCCUGCCAUGGAGAGCUGGAUGAGGAGUGUAACCUGCUCACCCCAGACCAGGUGGUGGACCGAAUAUUUGAGCUGGUGGACGAGAAUGGAGAUGGGGAGCUGUCACUGGAUGAAUUCGUUGAUGGCGCACGGCGUGACAAGUGGGUCAUGAAGAUGCUGCAGAUGGAUGUGAACCCAGGAGAGUGGAUCAAUGAGCAGCGGCGACGGAGCGCCAAUUUCUAAAGCAGUAAAUCCAGAAUCCAACUGUCCCCUCAGCCAAGAUUUCACACAGUCUGUUCACUCUUUAUGAUUUACCAUAAACACUAUUAGUUCUGUGAAUAAAGACUAUGCAGCGAGGCAACCUUUUCCCGGAGCAAAAGUCGACCUUUCAAUGGCACAGAGAUAUGCACAAGGGAAAUGCCAAAUGUUUGGCUGUUUUUUUUUUUUUUUUCAUUUUUGCUCUGCAUUUCUGUUCAUCUGUAAUACUUCAAAUGUAACAUUCUGUAUAUUAAAAUUUGCAUGCAUUUUCUAUUAAAUUCUGCUUGGGUUAAGGAUGGCAAUUAAUGCAACACUAAUGAGGGAUAUUUAAAUUUUAAAGGAGGUUUUGUUUUAAAUAAAUCAAGUAGACAUUAUCAUUCCAUUGUAUGCUUUGGCCCAUAUGAUUAUUAACAUGUUUAGAGAUUAUAAAUAAGGUGUGAAUGUACACAGAUAUGAGGCCAUUUUUGUGAAUGAUGCAAAAAUACAACAAUGGGCCAGUUCUUAGCAUUAUUCACACAAUCACAAAAUCUUUGCUUUGCACAAGACAUUUUCUUAUAGGCUUGUGAAUUGUGUUCACACAGAAAUUAAGUGUUCAAGAAAGAUCAAAUUACUUUUGUUUGGUUUUGUUGAGUUUUGUUGAGGGUGCAAAUACAAAAGUUGAGAUAGUUGCCCCCUGGAAUUUGUGUACUCACUGAAGAUGAACACAUUUAAUAAAAAUUUUGCCAGAUGUCAGACUCUGAGUCAUCACUAUGGAGCUAGCUCCAUAAGAAAAAC